CUAAUUAUGACCAGCAUUUAAAGGAACCAAUACUAAACAAUUCAGUCAAACUUACACACUCUACGGUAAUCACUCCCCUAUAUCAGAAAUCAUGACAAUCUCCAACGGUGUCAACGGUCACACUAAUGGCCACGCAAACGGCAAUGAGACUGCUCCUUCAAAUAAUGGUACCUUGUUUGCCAAGCCUCACAAAGCGUCCAUAUCAUCCAUCGUUUCAGAGCUUUUUGAGGAUAAUAUCACAGCAAAGAUCUUCCACGCUGCAGAGUCAGGCCUUGUAAACAACAACCCCCCAUUGGCAUACCCCGAAUAUGUCCCCCAGACUGGGUCAGAUGCUGGCAAAUAUGUACUCAGAGAGAAGCUCUUCUGGACAUGCGGCUUCUUCCCAGGUUCCAUAUACUCGCUGAUUGAGCGUCUCAUCAAGUUUCCGCAGGCUUCAGCUGGAGACGCUAAUAAGCAACAACUGCUCAAGCAACUGCUCGCGGUCGGACGUGCUUGGUCCGAUCCGCUUCAUCAGUAUGCACAGAGAACAGAUACUCACGACAUGUCAUUCAUGAUCCAGCCAUCUAUGAGAGUUCGCUGGGAGACUCUACACGAGUCGACGGCCCUUGAGUCUAUCAUCACUGCCGCGCGUUCACUCUACUCAAGAUACAACGCCAAUGUCGGCGCUAUCCGUUCAUGGGAUGUACUAUCCCAGAACGGCGUCGACAUAUCAAGCAUGACGGAGGACUUUCUCGUGAUUAUCGACUCGAUGUGCAAUCUCGAUCUGCUGUACUACGCGGCUGCACAGACUGGCCAAACUGAAAUGGCUGAAGCAGCAACAGCUCACGCCAAGGCCCUGAUCAAGGCCUUGCUACGAAAGGAGACAGACGAGUCUGUUGGAAGAACCAUGUACAGCACAUUCCAUGUUGUCAACUUCGACCCCAACAACGGAUCCAUCAAGGAGAAGAGAACCGGUCAAGGCUACGCGGCCAACUCGACUUGGGCUCGUGGACAAGCUUGGGGUAUUCUGGGAUAUUCGCAGACGUACAACUGGACCAAAGACCCUGAGUUCCUGGAUGCAGCCAUUGGACUCGCUGAGUACUUCAUCUUCAGACUACUCAAGUCCCCAGACUGUGUCGAAGUCCCUGUCUCCGGAGAGAACCGCACAAAGGGUCGAUACGUUCCUCUGUGGGACUUUGACGCCCCAGUUGAUACUUCCGCUCCACUGAGAGACUCUUCAGCAGGUAUUAUCGCCGCGAAUGGUAUGCUUGUACUCUCACAAGCUCUAGCUGGAAGUGGAUCGCCCGACUUGAGUGAGAGAUACCGAUCAAUGGCGAUUCGAAUUGUCAAGGACACGCUCGACUUCUCACUGGCACAGGAAAAGUCGAAAGUGGCGCUGCGAGCAGAUGGAAGCUUUGAGGUCCAGGAUCUGAAACCUGAUGCUCACUUUGAGGCUAUCCUGAAGAACGCCACGGCCAAUCACAAUGCCAAAGACUAUAAGAGAUACUGGGAUCAUGGGCUGGUUUAUGCGGAUUACUACUUGAUUGAGUUUGGGAACAGGUUGUUGAAGAUGGGAUUAGUAUAGACACAUCUUUCGAAGUUUCAAAUGCAGAAUUAGUGAAA